AUGGCUCUGGUAAUGUUACCCUGUGACCUACCAUGGUGGCCGGCCGUGGUAAGACAACUGGACCGAGCGGCUGCUGCCAGCAAUUCCGAGGAUCUGCUGGAUGCGAUGCAAAGACUGCACGACAUGUGCAAAUACGAGGAACAGUCCGUACUGAAAAGUAUAAGUCUCGAUCCUGAAGAGGACGUUCAGGAUCCAGAAUUGUUCGUCGGAUUAGGAAGGUUUCUCGAUAACGAUCUCGAUUCCACGGAACGGAAUCUGAUAUUCACAAACACGAUACCGCGGAUUGUGGAGAGAGCAAAAGCUCUCAAGUCUUGUAAACCUCCGCAAGGUUUGCACUUUAGUCUUCAGCAGCAAGGGGAUUGCGUCGAAUACAGUUACGCCUUUGUUUCGUCUUUAAUCGCGAACGCGUUCUUUUCCACGUAUCCGAAAAGAACCGCGAAGACGCAUCCAACUUUGCGGGAUUUUAAUUUCACAAAUUUCUUCAAACAUCUUCACAAUAACGGACAAAAAGCAAAACUGAGAAGCAUAUUUCGCUACUAUGAUUAUCUGGAUACCGAAAACGCGCUAGAUGGAAAGCUAGUAAUUUCCAGACAGGUAAUGACGUCGAAACAAUGGUUAACCAUCGAGGACUGGUUGGAGAGUAACGUUCCGCUGUGUCCGCUGAUGAUACGUCACGAGGGUCGCCUGGAGAGAGUGGAACCGGAAACUAAAGUAUUGCGAGUCUGCUUCGCGAGUGCGAAAUUUGGCGGUGGUGUACUUGAUGGUGAUGUUACGCAAGAAACUGUACAUAUAGCAACGCACCCUGAAAUGCUCGCAGCAAUAUUGUCAAUCGAGGCUUUAGAAGACAACGAAGUUUUAAUAGUCGAAGGAGUUAGGCACAUAUCUAGAAUAAACGAUCCUCGUAACAGAGCCAUAUUCGAAGCACUAACCAAACCAAAUAUCGUGACGGUGUGCUGUAUCGACCCUGAAGAUUAUUCACGAUUACCUUUGUCACAAUUCGAAGAAGACAAUAUACUACGAGAAAUGAAUAAAUCUCUACUUGGAUUUCGGCAAAGACACGUACCAAGCAGUCCAACCGAUCCUGUAAAGUCAGAAUUAGAUCCAGAUGCAGGAACAGUUGGUUCUCGGAGAUUAUCGCCGAUCGGAGAAAGCUUCAGUAGCACCCCACCAGAGAUAGAAGGGGAUGGAAAAGUAGCGUUAGCAAACAAUGGUAGUACUAAAGACGAUGUGUGUGACAUUUUAACAGAAGUUCGUACCAAACCGAAUGGCAAAUCCGUAAGACCACCGAGCCCUUAUAAGAUGAGCAACGACAGUAGCCAUACGAAUAAAAGAAAUCGGUUUAUCGUUCUUGGAUCUAGCGGAGAAGUUUUACCAGUUACACGAAAAUCGCUUGGUCAAAUGUCGAUUUAUAGUAGUUGUAAUAGCCAAAGUACGGAUAGUUUUCAUAGCGCGAAGGAAACAAUAGACGAAGAUCCCGAGGAAGAAGAGCAGAGAUUAAGUAAACGUUACAGCAAUCAAUUAGACACCCCAGAGCGGAGAGCAACUUUUGCUCAGCGCCUGAGAGAUGCGUUGAAACGUGAAAGUACAACUGGAGCAGAUUCGUCGAAUACCUCGUUUGGAGAAAGUAGUUAUGCGGUAGGAAUAAGCGUAUCUGGGAGUCACGUUUACGAUCAAGACAUUAAAAUAAAGAGAGGAGGUUCGAGAGGUUUCGUUCUACGCGACGAAACGGUGGAUGAAGACUUUUUAAAAGAAUCGUUGGAAGCUGAACAAAAAUGGCUGGGCAGAUUUCGACAAAAUCAACCGACGCUACAAAGAAGAGAUACAAGUGCUAGCAGUAAAUACAGUUUCAGCACCGAAUACAAUUCUGAUUUUUGCUCGGAACUCGAAGAAGUUUAUGAACAAUUAGCAAAAUGGUUAGAAGAUCCUAUAGCAGCAGACGAAUCUCGAGAAUUAGAUGCGAGAGACAGAGCGGUAGUUCGAUUUGCAGGCUCGUUAUUGAAGAGAGCUCUUAGCGAAUCGUUUGCUGGCGUUCCCGUUCAAGAGGGUGAACCUCAACCUUUUAUCGAUUCUACCGACGUAAAUCAAAGCCACAAGUUAGCUCUGGCUGUAAGAAGUUUAAGUUUAGAGCUAGCCCGUCAAAAAAAUAGGAGACAGCAAUCAGUGUCUGAGUCUGAAGGUAUAGAAUAUUAUGAAGAUGCUUUAAAUAAUCGUACAGUAUCAAAAGAGGUAAAGGAUAUUCAACGUAGAAAACUAAGGACGGUAACAUUUACGUCCGAAGUUUUUCAAACAUUGGUUGACGAUGAAACUACCGUGUAUCUAUCUAAUCGUGUUAAUUUAAAUACAUCUGGAACUGUAAAAGGAAUAAACAGAACACAAUCCUUCGAUAUCAGAAAUGAUCAAAUUCUGCCAGAAUUCGAAUCGCAUAUAACACUUAAUAUACCGAGGGACAGUAGUCCACAAACAGGGGGAUUAUUAUCCAUCGCUACAGGGAACUGGGGAUGCGGAUCCCGUUUAAAAGGUAACCCACAGUUAAAGCUUGUUAUUCAAUGGCUUGCCGCUUCUUUGGCAGGAGUGCCAAAGUUAAUAUAUUACACUACAGGAAAUCCCAGUUUAUCUAAGUUAGAUACUGUAUGCAGAGUCCUCAUGGAUAGACAUUGGUCGGUCGGUGACUUAGCCGCGGCAACAUUAAGAUUUGCAUUACACACUAUCGAAGAAAGAACAGAAGGACGAAAUACUCUCUUUGAGGAGAUAAUUGGUAUGGAUAAACCAAGUCCUUAG